AUGGGGAUGAAGGGCUCGGUCAGAUUCGCCACUGUCGAUGAAGUGUUCAAGAUGACUGGUCUCAAGCCUGGGUCUAUACCGCCGUUUGGCAGCUUAUUCGGGAUCAGAACGGCAUGUGACAAUGCACUAAAGGACGAACCGAGUAUAAACUUCAAUGCCGGAGAUCACAGUAUAUCCAUUCAGAUGACAUUCGAAGAUUAUGCAAAAGCCGAAGACCCUCUCCCUGCAGAUGUGACAAACGCCCCGACUCCCGUUUCUUAA